AUGAAUGAAGAACAUGCACAGCGGAAUAGUGAGCAGACAAAGUAUGUUGCUGAUGUUGUGCUUACUGGCAAUGCUCGAGAGCUAAUUGAUAGAUUGAUUACUGCACUGGACUCUCAAUUUUCACUCAAGGAUCUUGGACCAUUAAGUUAUUUCUUAGGCAUCCAAGUCACCAAACUGACCUCUAGUUUGGCUCUUACUCAGGCCAAAUAUAUUGAUGAUCUCUUAGUGAAACUUGACCUUUGUCACUUGAAACUUGCCUCCACUCCCUCUAUCAUAAGAAAAGCCUUAUCCAUAUCUGAUGGAACCCCACUACCUGAUUCGUUCCUGUAUCGAAGCAGGAUGGAUGCACUUCAAUAUGUUACUCAGACUCGACCUUAUAUAGCCUACAUUUUCAACAACAUUAGUCAGUUUCUAAAACAAUCAACUGAUGCCUCCAAUGUUGAUGAUAGAAAAUCUAUGGUAGCCUACUGUGUCUUUGUUGGGAAUACACUAGUGUCGUAG